UAUGAACUUGUCAUGCAUAUCAUGAUGAAUCGUACUUUCUUUCUCAACCACCUUUUGGCAGAGAGGAGAGGUGAACUUACCGAUCAGAACAAUGAUUUUCCGUUGUCCUCGAACUGCUGUCCUUCUUUCCGUUAUUGUUCUUCUCCUCUCCAACGUGAUUGUGCCCACCGAACAACACAUGUCCUCCCACUGGCCUCACCUUUGACAACGCCCAAAUGUGCGCCAUGAUGUUGAACACAUACCCGGCUGUCAUUGUGUUUUUCUUCAAUCUCCAUCACGGCAGUUUACAGGCCAGUUUGUCUACCUCUUUCGCUCGCCAACCACCAACGGAACCAAGUGUCAUCGACAACACCGCUUUGAUGGGAUGUCAUGUUCAUUGAAGGAGAAGUGACGGGAAUCCCUUCACUUUUUUCCCCCGGGGAGGAUGCCUCUGGCUCUAGCUUAUCACCCAGGAAUAUGUUUAGUGCAAUAUUAGCUAUAAUGUUAUUACCUAAAAUACCAAUAUACUCGCUUUUUCCGCAUCCAAAAUGUCCUCUUCCAGCGCCGACUUGCAACCGGAAGUGAUGAAUAGCUCCCAGCCUAGCAACGCAAGCUCGUCCGUCCCCGACGUCCCCAUUACUUCCGGCGCUGCCACUCCUACCCCUUCCACCCCUUCAUUGUCCAUCAAGAUCCUCAAUGCCCUCAACCUCUCAUCCAUCCCCGCAACCCUCAAGCUCUCCGGAAGCCUCAUCAACGGCCACCCAUUGUCCGACCACGGUGAUAAUGAUUAUGUUAUGAUCUACUCCGGAAACGCGGCCGAAUGUCCUCGGUCGUUUAUUAUUCAUCUCGAUUUGACCGGCGACAAUGCCGGGGAUGUGAUAAACAGGCAAGAGGAGGGGGAGGAGGAGCAAAUAGAGGAGAAGGGUCAAGAGGAUCGACUCGACCGGCAGCAGCACCACCACCAGCAGCAGCAGCAGCAGCAGCAGCAGCAGCAGCCCAUCCCAUAUAAUGUUGAAUCAAGAGACGGCCAUGACCAGAGACACUUGCAGACGCUUGACGAGGUGUCAUGUCGUGCGAAGGAGAACAACGCGAAUGCCUUCGUGAUUCAGAUCCAGGAGAAUAACCAUUUCCCCAUAAAUGUGCCCCCUUCUCAAGCCUUCUCGUAA